AUGGAACAUCGCCUCAGUUCCUUGGCCGGUAUAUUGACCGUGUUUUUGACGAAGUUGCAGAAGAAGAACACGGCUGCUUUAACUAGGAAAUUCGCGAUAACUCUGAGUGUGUUCGUAUACUGUGUUCCAGAUGGUCCUAAGGUAUUGCUUACAACCCUGGAACAGAUACAAGCUGGACUAUCUGUUAUGGUUGUGAAGUCAUUGUGGAUGUCAGCAUUCAAGGGGAAUAUGGGUGGCAAAGAGAACAAGAAGGUUUGCCUACUUUCUGCGGCUAAGUUCGUGAGUGACCCUACCGUCCAGAGCAAUGGAGAGAUAAUGCAUGCCGUUCUAAUGGGAAUAUCUGAACUGCUGGGUUUGAACGAGAGAGAGCAACAGCCAGGGAAUUCAUUGCUUAACCCUAAGCUUAAUGAUGAGGAUGAUGAUUAUGAAGAUGACGAUGCUGAAGAUCGAGAGUAA